AUCCCUGCACAGUCCCUCCAGAGGACGUCCAGAGCAAGGCACUGGCCAUGACCCAGCUGGUGGAAUGUGUCCCCAACUUCUCAGAGGGGAACAACCAGGAGGUGAGAGUGUGGAGGAGGAGGGGAGCACCCUCCAUGUCCCUCCCCUGUGCCCACGGGGAGCACCCUCCAUGUCCCUCCUCUGUGCCCACAGGGGAGCACCCUCGCAUGGGGGCUCUGGAUGUCUGCCCCUUCAUCCCAGUGAGGGGUGUCAGCAUGGACGAGUGUGUGCUCUGUGCCCAGGCCUUUGGCCGGAGGCUGGCGGAAGAGCUGCAUGUGCCCGUGUACCUGUACGGCCAGGCAGCGCGGACAGCUGGUCGUCGAACCCUGCCAGCCAUCCGGGCGGGGGAGUACGAGGGUCUGCCUGAGAAGCUCAAGCAGGCAGAAUGGGCCCCUGACUUCGGCCCCAGCUCCUUCGUCCCCAGCUGGGGAGCCACGGUCACGGGUGCUCGGAAAUUCCUCAUUGCCUUCAACAUCAACCUGCUCAGUACCAAGGAGCAGGCCCACCGCAUCGCCCUCAACCUGAGGGAGCAGGGCCGAGGGAAGGACCAGCCAGGACGCUUGAAAAAGGUCCAGGGCAUCGGCUGGUACCUGGAUGAGAAGAACUUGGCUCAGGUGUCCACAAACCUCCUGGACUUCGAGGUCACCGGCCUGCACACAGUCUAUGAGGAGACCUGCAGAGAGGCUCAGGAGCUGAGCCUGCCGGUGGUGGGCUCACAGCUAGUGGGCCUGGUGCCCCUGAAGGCCUUGCUGGACACUGCAGCCUUCUACUGUCACAAGGAGAACCUGUUCGUGCUGGAGGAGGAGCAGCGCAUCAGGCUGGUGAUCCACAGGCUGGGCCUGGAUUCGCUGGCGCCCUUCAACCCCAAGGGUGUUAUUUGUUCUUUGUACUGUCAGGAGGCCAUGAAGCUGCCCAGGAGCACUCCUGAGGAGAGGAGCAGUCAGGUGGCUGCCCUGCAGGAGGGGCUGAGGCAGGCAGUGUCUGUGCCACUGGCCCUGGCCGAGACCGUGUCUUCACUCUGGCCGGUGCUUCAGGAGCUGGCCCUGUGUGGGAACCUGGCCUGCCUGUCAGAUCUGCAGGUGGCAGCCAAAGCCUUGGAGAUGGGUGUCUUUGGUGCAUACUUCAACGUGCUCAUCAACCUGAAGGAUGGGACAGAUGACGCGUUUAAGGGCCAGAUCCACCAGCGCAUCUCCAGCCUCCUGCAGGAAGCCCAGGCCCAGGCCGCGUCGGUGCUGGACAGCCUGGCGGCACGUGGAGAGUGACAGUGGCUGAUGUCCAUAGAUGUUGUGACCCCCAUCUGCCCACAGCCCCAGACCUCAGCACGGUGUGGGCUGGGGCCAAAAAUGGGGGGAAGGGAGGGGGAGGGGGCCUGUCUGAUGUCUGUGGGUACACGGCCACCUUCUGUCACCGGGGCCUCCAGUAAAUCCAUGGCAAACCUGU